CUCAGGACACUGCACACCCAAACGAGGGCUCACUCUCUCCACCUGCUCUGUUCCACCUCCUGGUGUCAGAAGGCAGCAAAAAUGAAAAGCCUUUACUUUGUGGCUGGAUUGUUUGUGAUGCUGGUACAAGGCAGCUGGCAACGUUCCCUUCAGGACACAGAGGAGAAAUCCAGUUCAUUUCCAGCUCCCCAGACCGGCUCGCUCAGCGAUCCAGAUCAGAUCAAUGAAGACAAGCGCCACUCGCAGGGCACAUUCACCAGUGACUAUAGCAAGUACCUGGACUCCAGGCGUGCCCAGGAUUUCGUGCAGUGGUUGAUGAAUACCAAGAGAAACAAGAAUAACAUUGCCAAACGUCAUGAUGAAUUUGAGAGACAUGCUGAAGGGACCUUUACCAGUGAUGUAAGUUCUUAUUUGGAAGGCCAAGCUGCCAAGGAAUUCAUUGCUUGGCUGGUGAAAGGCCGAGGAAGGCGAGACUUCCCAGAAGAAGUCAACAUCGUUGAAGAGCUCCGCCGCAGACACGCAGAUGGCUCUUUCUCGGAUGAGAUGAACACCGUUCUCGAUAGUCUUGCCACCCGAGACUUCAUAAACUGGUUGCUUCAGACGAAAAUUACUGACAGGAAAUAAGUGUGUCAUUCAUUAAUCAAGAUCAUCUUCACAAUAUCACCUGCCAGCCAUGUGGGAUGUUUGAAAUUUUAAGUUCUGUAAAUUUAACAGCUGUAUUCUAAAGCCAUAUUGCUUGCAUGCAAAUAAAUAAAUUUUCUUUUAAUAUUGUAUAACCAAAAGAUUAUAAAUCAAAUACACCAUUGUCAAAAUAAUGCUAAAAUAUCAGCUUUAAAAUAUGAUAAUUCAGAAUUCUCUUUCUUUUCUUCUGCUAACCUGCUUAGCAAUGAAAUUAUUUUUCUGUGAUAUAAUUUGUAUAUAUAAAUCACUCCAAUCACAACAUAUUUGCAUUAUGAUAAGAUAAGGGGAAGGACUGGUAGCCACAGUUGUGAAACGGGAAAGAGAAUUUUCUUCUUGAAACUUUUGUCAUAAAAAUGCUCAGCUUUCAGUAUAUAAAAGAUAGACUAAAUAAAAAUUUCAAGCUUCUUCAUCAA